GCCGCCCGCCAUCCCGCCCUCCCUCCUGCGUAACGCACGGAGAGCCCGUACUUUCGGCCUGCAGCCGGCCCGCUGCUCGCCAUGGUGGCCCCAGGGCUGCUCCGCCGGCCGCUCGCCGCCGCCGCUUCCCGCCUGGCCAGGGCCUGCGCCAGCCCUCAGGUAUCCCUUGCUACAGGUCCCAGACAAAAUAACAGCAUUUUCUAUGAAAUUCGUACAUACGAUAUUAAGCCGUCAAAGAUGAAGGAGUUUGUGGAAAUGAGCAACAAGUACUUUCACCUUCGCAUGGCUCACUCGGAGCUGGUGGGAUUUUGGUCUGCAGAGCUGGGAGCAAUGAAUAAGGUUGUCCACGUUUGGAAGUACGAUAAUUUUGCCCACAGAACAGCAGUCCGGCAGGCACUAGCAAAAGACAAAGACUGGCAAGGAAAAUUCCUCUCCCCAGUCCUCCCCUUGAUUGAAAAGCAGCACAAUGAGGUUGCUUAUCUGGUACCCUGGUGUCAGCUUGGGAAGCCUCCAAAAGAAGGGGGAGUGUAUGAAUGGGUUACUUUCCAGAUGAAGCCCGGUGGGCCAGCAUUGUGGGGUGAAGUGUUUCGAGCCGCAAUCAGUGCUCACAUCAACACAGGCUACACCAAGCUGAUUGGUGUUUUCCACACAGAGUAUGGAUUACUUAACACAGUCCAUGUCAUUUGGUGGAAUGAGAGCCCAGAUCAUCGGGCAGCAGGAAGGCACAAGGCCCAUGAAGAUGCCAGAGUGGUAGCAGCUGUGCGGGACAGCGUCAGAUUCUUGGAGUCCCAGCAAAACAUGCUCCUGAUUCCUCUGCAGUGCUCGCCACUGAAGUAAACUUCUUCUCAAGAAUGUAACUGAUGGAAGAAAGGACAAGAUUGAAGUGCCAUCAGCAAGUGCCAUCGUGUGGAUUGUCAUACCCUCAUGAGCUGAGCUAUUCUUCAGUUCACAAUAAAUGGAUGCAAGAUGCUGAUCACCAGAAAUUUAAAUCAGUAAAACUUUGCACCCUUGUCA